GUGAUGGAUGUGAUUCAUUGUCUUGAACCAUGACCACCACUACAACUUUCACUCGUAAUGACAUCGAGAUCGCGACAAGGGCAGCAGACGCAUUUACGCGUCUAUACUACACCACAUAUGACUCCCCUACAAGGGUGGAUGACCUCCCCAAGUUUUAUCGCUCCUCAUCGACCUUGACGUGGAACGGAAAUCCGUGUCAAGGUGCUGAGGGUGUGAAAAAACUGAUUCAAGAUAUGCCAAGUACCAGGCAUGAAGUUCAAUCCUACGAUUGUCACCCCAUACCAGGCUCUCAGCCCCCCUCACUUCUUGUUACUGUCUCUGGAAACGUCACUCAUGGACGUGGUCCUGCUGGCAAUCCAGUAUCGACACCAACUAAAUCUGUCGAUGGGCAGCCUAGAGUUUUCUUCCAAUCAUUCAUGUUGGUACCCGACCCAACAGCACCGGUGGUCAAGGCGGGAGAGGUUGCGAAGUACUAUGUAGAUGCUGAUGCCAUGCGAUUUGUGGGCUAGUGUUCUCGUUAAUGCAAAUGUACCAGGUCAUAGCAAGCAUGCCGCAAUUAGAAACAUGCCGCAUCAGCUAUCUUCAAAUGAUCUAAUGUGGAAUAAAGCAACAAAUCGCACCAAGCUUGUAACGGCGCCAUUAUACUCUACAACUACAGAUAAUUCAUAAACUAAUUCAACAAGUGACAUGCGAGGCUUUAACCAAAUGUUUGACUCUAUGGGCAGGAUUAGUACGGAAUGGUGGACUGGCUUUAAAUGACUACAUACCGAGCGUGCACUCCGUUUGACUUUUGAUAGUCGCCAUUCGUCGGGUUUCUCGUACUAAUAAAUAUGUCAGCCUUAGAUUGUCCUGCAUGGAUGCGAUGCAUACCUUGUUGUACAACGGUUCGAUCU